AUGGAAGAAAUGAUCGUUCUGAAUGAAACCACAAGGAGCCAGGUGACUGAAUUUAUUCUCAUGGGCAUCACAAACCAUCCUGAGCUGCAGGGCCCAUUUUUUGUUGUGUUUUUCUUCAACUAUGUGGCCAUAGUUGUGGGGAACCUGGGCCUGAUCAUCCUAACCAGUAUUGAUCCCCACCUCCAAACCCCCAUGUACUUUUUCCUCAAGCAUCUGUCAUUUGUUGAUCUUGGCUACUCCACAGCUAUUGGGCCAAAAAUGCUAGUUGGAUUCAUAGAGGAGAAAAAUAUCAUUUCUUAUAAUGGAUGUGCAGUGCAGCUAGUUUUCUUUUUGAUAUUUAUUGCCAAUGAACUGUUUAUUCUGUCAGCCAUGGCCUAUGACCGCUAUGUGGCUAUCUGUAAGCCACUCUAUUAUAUGGUCCUCAUGUCAGACAGGCUAUGUUGGCACUUGGUGGCUAUCUCAUACCUCUAUAACAUCACAGUGACCCUACUUAUCACGAUAAAGCUUUUUAAAUCAUCUUUCUGUAAAUCAAAUGUAAUAAGACACUUUUUCUGUGACAGUCUCCCCCUGUUGUCCCUUACAUGCUCAGACAUCAGUGAGAUUGAACUAAUUAUUAUGAUUUUUGCUGGAUUUAAUUUGGUUUCUUCUCUCAUGAUAAUCCUUAUCUCCUAUAUGUUCAUUCUUGUUACCAUCCUCCGGAUGAACUCUGCUGAGGGCAGGCACAAAGCCUUCUCCACCUGUGGCUCUCACUUGACUGGGGUGGUUAUAUUUUAUGGGACACUUCUCUUCAUGUACCUGCAGCCUCAAUCUAGCCAUUCCUUUGACACAGACAAAAUGGCCUCUGUGUUUUACACUUUGGUCAUCCCCAUGCUCAAUCCUUUGAUCUACAGUUUGAGGAACAAGGAGGUGAAAGGUGCCUUAAGGAGACUCUUUAAGAAAAUCAUGUAA